AUGGACGCUGUAGGUAAUGACGUUUUUGGCCAUCAUGAGGGUAGGGAAGACUUUCAAGAGAACGUCGAGCGACUGUCAUCGCCGAGAUGGAAUUUAUUGUCCCAUUUGCCUUCACUGUCUACGAAAAGAAACAUUUCGUCGUCAUCGAAACCGUCGGGAAGAGAAUACGCGGGAAUCAUUGGUGCAACGGACUUCCAUAAUUAUAACCAAGACGCCACGGGCUUCGACGACGACUCGAGCAGCGAGAAUUCGUCGAGAACGACGACAGUCAACGAGACCGCCACUUCCGAUCACGUGACCGAGACUGAUAUCAAUGACCGACAGGUAAUAACCAAAGACGAAUUAGAUCAUAGCGAUUGUGACGAACCGGACGGACGGAGUGCCGCAGUUGGUAACCGAAACGACAGACUAAUGCCACACAAGCAUGACAACUCGAGGUCUGCAGAUUCCGACGAAGUGAAUGCUGAGAGACGAUUCAUGCUCGGCAAUGAGACCGACCUGGAUGCUAUGCUUGCAACAGCCAGCUAUAGAGACCACCAGCAGUUAAAAACAUUGGACAGCACGAAGCUGGUCGGAGUGUUUGGUCGAGACUUUGACGAGCCUCUCGUCGUCGCUCAACACUUACAGAUCGGAUGCGAUGAGAGUCAGGCUGUGUAUAGACCCGUUAUUAUACCAAGACACGAGCUGUUGAGCUCCGAGUGUCUUCGGUAUGUUGAGGCUCAUGAACACGACGUGGUCGUGUUUUGUUACAACACAUCGGAGGCGAGGAUACUGCUCACUGGUCAUGAUGGAUUUUACUCAAGUCUUCUUCAGUACUUGUCGAAGGCACUCGGUGACAGCAACAUUUUGUUUGUGCUCACCCACUGCUUGACACCCGAAGGCGACUUAAUCGAAUCAGAAAUGAAACAAAGGAUAUCAAAACAGGUCGCCAUGCAGCUGUACAUCACUACAGAUCAAGUCUACUCGUGGUACACCAAGCCGUCUCAACAACAGAUAGACCACAUCACAACCGUCAUAUUGAACAGUCAGAGACAGAAGCCAACUUGUGUGAUUCUCUAAGAAUAUUUUUUUGUAAUUUUGAUAAAAUGAUUGUGUUGCAAAUUUAUGUUGUGUAGACUGUAUUUAUGUUGUAUAUACAGGAAUUGGUGUCUAGCAGA